AUGGCGAAACGCCUACGAAGCGCAGCAGGAAGACUGUUGUCGUCAAAUACAAGAGGACGAACCAUUGCCGGGGAACACCUGCUCGUGGUAAGGCCGCCAAACUCAAGAAGCGCCGCCAAUCCGUUCCCUUUUGCAUCCGCUAGCCGUAAGGACCUCGCGGGGGCAUACCUUCCGUCAUCUGAAGAUGACGACGCCAUAGACACCCGUGGUGAUGGCUCACCCGAACCUCGCGAGGUUGAGUCGAAUGCCUCGUCGUAUGCCGAUGGGAUCACAGACUUGGACAACAUCAAUUGGUCCGCGAAAUCUUCCCGGCGUAAGAGUCGCAAUAACAAGGGCCGUAAAGCCAAGAAGAGCAAGGAGGAUGAUUGCGGUGCGCUCACGGAGGUAGAAGAGAAGGAGCACGGCGCCAACCUAGCAAGCGGAGAGAGAGCAGCAUGUCCAAGAUCUCUCCGCUCGAGCGGCUUGUCGACUGGCUUUUCGGCAUGA